UUAUUGUUUUUUUAACGUGACGCAAUUUGAGCAGCUUACACCGUCGACGUAUUUAUUGAGUUACACAGGCUCUAGACGAAACGCCGCUUUACGAAAGACACUUAAACAGCUGAAAAGAUUAUACAAUAACAAGAUUUUGAAGUUGGUGCCUGCAAGAGAAUAUGCUGAUACUUUAAAGCCAGUGGCCACAGACAGAGAAGGUUACCAACGUGUAAAACCGCACGAAAUUUAUACAAACCUUGUCUGUGGCCAAUACUAUGGAAUGGGCGUUGAGAAAGCGUGGUCACGUGGGUUUACCGGAAGUGGAGUCACAAUUGCAAUAACAGAUGUCGGAAUAAACACCAAUCUUCUUGAUUUGAAACAAAAUUUGAAUGAAACCCUUAGUUUCAACUUUGUGGACAACAACCAUAAUGUAACUCCAGAAUUUUUUUACAACAUUGGUGAAAAAGCAGCUUUUUUAACAGAUCAUGGUAACAGGAUGGCAAGUAUUAUAGGUGCUACUAAAGGUAAUAAUAGAUGUAGCUCAGGAAUAGCUUACAACGCUACCAUUAUAGCACUGAAGAUAUUCAAGGUGAUCCUUCUCGGGUCUACUUUCCUUGAACUAGAACCAAGGCACUGGUCACACUCAGACGUUAUUUCAAGGGCGCUAAACUACAACCUUAACACUACUGACAUAUUUGCCAAUGCAUGGGCACCUGUUAUGCCAUUUGACAAACUUGAUGUAGCAACAAAAGAUGUGAUAAGUCAUGGGGCAACACACGGUCGUCACGGUCUAGGUACUAUCCAUGUUAUGCCAUCAGGUCCUACAGGAAGCGAGCUUUCAAACAAUAUUCACACAAUCACAGUGUCCAGUGUCGGUAGAAAUGGAAUAAUUAUGGAAUACGUUUAUACAGACGCCAGUGUAUUGACGUCUGGACUUGGUGAAGGAAAUAAUCUCACAUCUUCCUCAAUGGUUACUACAACUUUGGAAGACAGAUGUAUAACUGGGUUUAACGGGAUCUCUGCUGCCACAGCCCAAAUAGCGGGGAUUAUAGGACUGGGCCUCCAAGCUAAUAAAGAACUGUCAUUAAGGGAUAUCCAACAUCUUCUUGUUCAGUCUUCUGAACACAGACAGCUACGAGAGAGGAUCGCAUUUACAAGGAAUGCAGCUGGAAGAUACUUUCACGGAGUGUUUGGUUUUGGUCUUAUAAAUGCCGAUAAGUUUGUUAAAAAGGCACAAAAACACCGCCCAACACCUACAAUGCGCAAGAAGAAGCUCAAGACGUACAUAACCAGACCACACCAAACUCACACACAGACGUUUGAGUUUUGUUAUGAAUGCCAAGGGUUAGAAUGUCCGACUAUUUUAGAGUAUGUUAAAGUUCAAAUGGACCUUGAAGCAAUAUCAACUGAAAUAAAAAUAGCAAUAGUAUCGCCUGGUAAAACGACAUCUGUUUUAAUGGAUUUUAUACCUGAAAUGGGCAAGUCAGUAUAUGUAUAUGUACAGAAACUACGACUGUUAUCCUGUCAUUUCUGGGAUGAGGAACCACUUGGUACUUGGCUGUUGCAUGUCCAGGACAAACACUCAGCAAGUAACAUCAAAGUAAAAAAUUUAUCGCUUAAAUUUUACGGAACCACUGAUUCAACUUUUUCUAAGCACCGGCAGCAUUAUGGAAAUGUUUGCAGCGCAAACAACAGCACGAAAAGCAACACAAACGACAGUACGAAAAACAAUAUUGUUACAACCUCCUCAACAAAAGUCCCGACAACAAAAUUGAAAGAGCAUGAAAAGGAGGCAAAAAACAUGGAAAGAAAUGUUAAAUGGUAUAUUUACAAAGCAGUUCCGGCAGUUAUAACCCUGACAGGGUUAAUAUUAAUAAUACAAUUAAAGUACAAAACUUUUUUAAAGUACAUACAACAUUAAACGGUACAUUCGGUCGAGUUUUAAUCCGUGUCAAUGAAAACGAAAGUUGAAAAUGCGGUAUCUUUUUACGGAAAGCCGAUAUUUGGAGUUAGUUAUAAAAGUGUAAUUUGUCUGUACUUUUAACUAAAUUGGGAUUAAGAAACGAGUUCCUUAUAAGCGAUAAUUCCUUAUAACCGUGUUCGCUAUAACCGUAUAUUUUUAUAUUUAAUAACAAAAUAAAUUGUUCCUUAUAACCGGAAGUUCGCUAUAACCGUGUUCGCUAUAAGUGAAGUUUACUGUAUAACGUUUUUCAUGAUGUUUGUCCUAAAAUGCGAAAUAUCUAGUCUUCGGGAAAUGAUAUGGAUUCCAGAGCAAACUUCAUGUAGAAAUUAUGUAAAAAAAAACUAAUAAUCAUCAUGGGCCGAUUAAUAAUAUCUGUCAUAUGUUGCAGUUCAGAUCGGAAUACUCAUCCCGAGGGACCCUGCCCAUUGGGCGCUAACGAGGCUAUAUACAACGGCGAAGUGCCGUCAUCCUAUUCUAAAAUGACGUCAUUUUAACGCGGUUCAUUCAUAAAAUGCCUAAAAUGACAUUGUUGUAUGGCACGGGACUCAUCUGGCAGCCCCCAUGCCAGAUGCAAUUUCCGGCAUGGGUAAAACUCAUGGAAACGCCAGUCUGCUAUACAACUUAAGAGUACGGAAAGGAAAAUGUAACUGUCAGAAUAAUCAUACAGUUUCACUUUACAAAGAGUUAAUGUUUUCCUACAGCGAGACACUGAAACGUAUCAAAUUUCAAUGUAAACUGUAUUAAACUCUCUAUACAUUUAAAGGUCAAAAUCGGUUCAACAGAAAAUAUUUGAGUUUUGAGAGAGAUUUUACGUAUAGGUUAGUGUUUAAUGAUACAUAUUAACAAAAAUAAUUGGUCAAGACUGCCGCAGGCAGGCGACCAAUUAUUUUUGUUAAUAUGUAUUAUUAAACAUUAACCUAUUUAAUGAUCAACAUUAUUUUUUUCAACCAAAAAACAAGGCAUUUCUCUAAAACACCGAUAGCUCCGCCCUUUCGCUCUACAAGAUGUCUACACCUUGUCAAGUUUCUAACAUGUCACAUUUAUAUAAGCUAAAAAAAAUGGCCCUUUUAACAUAUAAUUAGGCACAUGUUUUACUGCAAUAUCACAGAAUGUAUACCUUUAUCUACAGUACCUAUAUCAUGUUUCUAUAAAAAAUCUGGGAAAAAAAUCUGAGAAAAAUACAUUAGAGAUCAUUAAUUGAUACACUAACAUUUAAAAUUUCUAUUGAUUUGCUCAUUUGAAAAACAGUUGAUUUUUUUUAUUUUUCUGUGUGUCAAUUUAAGUUUACAGGUGGGGUCCAUUUAAAAUGAGUUUUCUAGCCAAAAAUAUAAACAUUGUUUUCUAAUAUCAAGGAUUGCUAAUGCAGUUCAUUCCUAUCGACUGAAAGAAAAUAAUGUUUUGGUUACUUUUUCUAGAAAAUAUAAAGUUAAAAAACAGUCAGCAAUUUAUAACAGACAUUUUUCUUAGAGUUAAAAGGAUAUAAAAAGUUAGUAUGUAAUCAUUUAUCUCUGCGUGCGCCACAUGUAUUAUCUAUGUAAUAAAUUAAUUGAUUGUAUCCUCACAUUUAGAAACACCUGACCUCGCUUAAUUUUUUUACGUUGGCAUUGUUUUGCUAAUCUAUAGAUAUUUUACAAUUCAGAGUCUAACUCCUCCCUAAUAUAAUGCAUUAUUGAAAUUUGUUAGACUGGUUAGACAACAGAUUUAGUAUAUUUUAUUUAGUUAGUACACAUUAACCAAAGUUAGACUUAGCAGAAAUUUGAAAAAUACUUCAAUGUGAUUGGACAAAAAAUAAUGUUGAUUAUUAAAUUAGUUUAGGAGAGACACGCUGAUAGUGUGUAACGUUUAUUUUUUAAAAUUGGUUAAUGUACUUAACAGAGAAAAAAGUAUUACUCGAUUUUACAUGAUAAUGGGGCUUUAAAGAGAUUAUAUAUACAUGUAAAUAU